AUGCAAAACAAGUGGUGGACAGAGAAGGCACAGGAAAUCCAGUCUUUCGCUGAUAGAAAUGAUAUGCAUAACUUUUACAAUGCAGUCAAAUCUAUCGACGGCCCAACAAAUCACUGCAUCACUCCCCUUAAAACCGCAGAUGGGCUCAGAGUCCUAAAAGACCAGAGCAGUGUACUGGAGAGGUGGGCUGAACAUUUUAAUACCCUGCUUAAUCGGGACUCUGAAGCAGACCACACCAUCCUGGAUCAACUGCCUGAACUUCCACCGAUUGACAUCCUUAACCAACCCCCGACCUUCCUGGAGGUUCUGUCAGCCGUCCGCUCUCUGAAGAACAACAAGUCCCCUGGCAUGGACAAUAUCCCUGCGGAACUGCUUAAACAGGGUGGUUACCUCUGUACAAGAGCGCUACAUCAACACAUCACUAAAUGUGGAAGCCUGUUCGCUCCUCAGCCACAAUAUCACACCACCAGUUCAUACCGGAGAGAAGCCUUUCAUGGUAUAGGUGACGUUCAAAGGAUCCAAUCAAGCAAAGGGAUUACAGAGGAAAGAAGAAAGAAAGUCAUUAGACAUCAGCAAUCGAACACAAGGAAGAAAAAACAUGAAUGCUCGCAGUGUUUCAAAACCUUUGCUGCACCUUCCGCUCUUGUAAUUCAUCAACAAACACACACUGGAGAAAAGCCAUAUCAUUGUUCUCAGUGUGGAAAGACCUUUAGUCAAACAGGUCAGCUCAAAACACACCAGAGGAUCCACACUGGAGAAAAGCCAUAUCAUUGUUCUCAGUGUGGGAAGGCCUAUCGUCAAAUGUGUCAUCUCAAGAGACACCAGAUGAUCCACACUGGGGAAAAGCCACAUCACUGUUCUCAGUGUGGAAAAACCUUUAGUCGAAUGUCUGAACUCAAGUCACAUCAGUUGAUCCACACUGGGGAAAAGCCACAUCACUGUUCUCAGUGUGGAAAGACUUUUAGCCAAAUGUCUCAUCUCAAGACACAUCAGAGGAUCCACACUGGGGAAAAGCCUUAUCAUUGUUCUCAGUGUGGGAGGACUUUUAGCCAAAUGUCUUCUCUCAAGACACACCAGAGGAUCCACACUGGGGAAAAGCCACAUCAGUGUUCUCAGUGUGGAAAGACUUUUAGCCAAACGUCUUCUCUCAAGACACACCAGAGGAUCCACACUGGGGAAAAUCCAUAUCAUUGUUCUCAAUGUGGAAAGACUUUUAGCCGAAUGUCUUAUCUCAAGUCACACCAGAGGAUCCACACUGGAGAAAAGCCAUAUCAUUGUUCUCAGUGUGGGAAGUGUUUUAAUAUCAAAAGCGAUCUCAAGACACAUCAGAAAAUACAUAAAGAGAAAGGCCCCAUCAGUGCAGUACACAAGAAAAGACACACACUGCAGUCUACCAUAUGA